UCUAGUAAAUAAUCUUAUAAUAAACAUGUCGAUCAAAGUAUUGUCAGGGAAAGUGUUUCUUGUAAUAACCGGCGCAAGUCGCGGAAUUGGGAAGCAAAUAGCAAUAACAAUUAGUUCAGUUCUUGAAAAGGGUUCGCAUGUUCUGUUGCUAGCAACAAACUUGAAUGCUUUAAAAGAAACAGCAAAGAAUAUUCCUGCUGGUGUAUCUGUUGACACUGUCAGUAUUGAUCUGAGUAAACCAACGAGCGAUAAAUUACAUGACAUCGUAGUGCAAUCUUUAAAAGACAAACCUGCAGAUCAGUUCGAUAGAGUAGUUGUAAUACACAAUGUUGGUACAAUGGGAAAUAUUAAUCAGUAUGCGAAUGAUUUGACGAACAUUAAUAAUUGGCAUGAUUAUUAUGAUUUAAAUGUAUUUGGCCCUGCUAUAUUAAAUGGAGUUAUCAUGAAAAUAUUUAAUGAAAAUACAAAUACUGAAAAAACUAUUAUUAACAUUACAUCGUUGUUGGGUAUAAAACCAAGAAGAUCAAUGGGUUAUUAUUGUACUGGAAAAGCAGCACGAGAAAUGUUCUUUAAAGUGUUUGCCUUGGAAAACCCACAGAUCAACGUAUUAAAUUACUCACCAGGUCCGGUUGAGACUGAUAUGUAUCAGGAAGUCUGUAAUGAACUUGCUGACAAGGAAGCUAGAGAGCAGUUCAAUGCGAUGCGAACCGAAAGAACCGUCUUAACUUGCGAACAAACAGUUAAUCGUCUUUUAACAGUUCUUAAAGAACAAAAAUAUACGUCUGGCGAUCACGUCGAUUAUUUCGAUGAAUUAUAAAUUGCGCAAAAUGGAUACGAGCCGUUCACAUUCCUAUUGUAAUCGCAAAGAAUAUUGAGAAACAUUUUAAUGAACAAUUUAUUAAAGUAGUUUAACAAUAUAGUAAUACAUUUUAUUUGUCUCAUUAUUAUGUUACAAAAAUCGAGCGUGCAAUGUAUGUUUAAAAAUAUUUGAACUAAGAGUAUAUUAUAUAAGUAAUAACAAGUAAAAAGUGUUAAAACUACAAUCAUUCCAUUGUAAGUAUAAGUAUACGUUAUAAAUGUUUAUCAAGAUUUA